AUGCUCCUGCUUAGGUUCCUCCUGCUUUCUUUGCUGGCUGCUCUGCUGCUUGGGGCUGCUCAGUGCAAAAGGAUCACCUGCCAAGACAGUUGCUGCUCUUUCGUUGAGGGAUUUCCAGUCAGACUGAAAGCACUUCGUUCUUCAUACUCCAUCAUCCGAGACUACUAUGAAUCCAAGGAUGAACUGGACACCGCACUGUUCAACAGGACAGUCCUUCAACACUUCAAAAGCUCUUACGGGUGCAGUGUCAUGAACGACGUUCUGCAUUUCUACCUGGAGACCGUGUUGCCCAGCGCAAUCGGCGGACACGUGGGCAAAAAGAACUUCAAAGCACCCAUCGACACCAUCGGAAACUUAUUCCAAGAGCUUAAGAGGGAGCUGGUCAAAUGUAGGAGUUACUUCACAUGUCGGAAACCUUUUGAAAUCUCCAGCAUCAAGAACUCAUACAGUCAAAUGGGAGGAAAAGGCAUGUACAAAGCCAUGGUAGAGCUGGACAUGUUGUUCAAUUACAUUGAAGAUUAUGUGGCUUCACACAAACACUGAAUUAAUGGACAAAAAGGACACUGGAUGAGCCAAAGGAACCCCUAUUUGAAUAGUGUGCAAAUUAUUCAGAAGACUGGAAUAUUUAUACUAAAUGUGUCUGAACUAUUUAUUUAUUACUACUGUCAAAAUGUUGUUUCUCCUGUGCUACCACACUAAAUCAAAUGUACUUGGCUGUUUUUUGUACAGCACUAGCAACGUGUUGUUGUGUUUUACCUUCCUAGAAGAUAUAAGCCUAUACUGUUUAAGUCAUAUUGACCACAGCUUUUCUGUAACGUAGUUGCUUUUUGCAAUGAGGUGUAAUAACUGUUUCAAAAACGUCAACAAACUCUUUAAUAUUUAUUAACAGUGUAAUUGCUACUUCACAGCUUGUAAUUUAUUGUUUUUUUUUUAUGUUUCAAGUGCUGAUACUUUGGAAAUGAAGUUUUAA